AAUAUCAGAUGACAUUGGCAUAGUAGAAAGUUUUAAAGACGAAAGGAAAGUCUUAUACACAAGAGAUAUAAACUUGUUUGUAUAAAUCUAUGCAGGAAUUGCUGUGAAAUAUUUGAUCUGAACAGAGACAAGUUUUCAAAAUUUCCUUACUUCGUUCUCUGAAAUAUGUACAGGAUGAUUUCAAGUUUUAAUUAAACUUUGGAUUGCAAAGAAGUUUGCAGCAUAUUCAAAUAUUGACAGAGAUCACAAUUGACAGAAACAUAACAGAAGAAACAUUUGUGAGGAAUAAAAUAUAACAGCAAAAUUUUAAAAUUAUUGAAAUGAUUGCAAGACGCAACAAAAAUUUUAGAAAAGUAAAAAAGAAAUAAGUGGAAAUUUUACUGGUGAGUGUGUUAAAUUACAAGGCAGUAAAAGAGAAAGACUUCUCCCCACACAUAACAGAAUAUGCUUCAACACAAGAAAUCACAUGAAGAAUCUUGCAAACCAAAUCCAAAAGUGAAAUAAAACUAAAAAAACCAUUUGUAUUUUGUGGUGAAUGAUGUAAAAUUAUGGAAGAUGAACUAUGUGAGAAAAAGUUUGAAUGUGAACCACAGUCUAAGAGACUUGAUUUACCUGCUGAGGAAAAACAAGAGAAAGAAAAAAUAUAUUACUGUGAUAUCUGUAACAAGUCAUUUUCUCAAAAAUGUAACUUAACUGUUCACAGACGCAUCCAUACAGGAGAGAAGCCAUAUCACUGUGAUAUUUGUGGUAAAUCAUUCACUGUAAAUAGUAACUUAACAACUCACAGACGUAUUCAUGCUGGAGAGAAAGCAUAUAACUGCAAUAUAUGCAAAAAAUCUUUCUCUCAAAAAGGUAGCUUAGCUACUCACAUUCGCAUUCAUACUGGAGAAGAACCAUAUCAUUGUGAUAUCUGUGGUAAAUCGUUCUCUGUUAGUGGUAGCUUAACUACUCAUCGACGUAUUCAUACAGGAGAAGAACCAUAUCAUUGUGAUAUCUGUGGUAAAACCUUCUCUGUAAGUAGUAGCUUAACUACUCACAAACGUAUUCAUACAGGAGAAAUGCCAUAUCAGUGUGAUAUUUGUAAAAAGUCUUUCUCUCAAAAAGGUAACUUGGAUACACACAAACUUAUCCAUUCAGGAGAAGAGCCAUAUCUCUGUGAUAUCUGUGGUAAAUCAUUCUGUAGAAAUAGUUACUUAAUUUCUCAUAAACGUAUUCAUACUGGAGAGAAACCGUAUCACUGUGAUGUUUGUGGUAAAUCAUUCUCUGGAAAGGGCACCUUAAAUAUACACCAGCGUAUUCAUACAGGAGAAAUGCCCUAUCACUGUGAUAUCUGUGGGAAGUCAUUCUCUGGAAAUAGCCAAUUAGUUACACACAAGCGUAUUCAUACUGGAGAGAAGCCAUAUAGUUGUGAAGUCUGUGGUAAAUCAUUCUCUCUAAGUGGUAGCUUAACCAAACAUAAAGUUACACAUACAGGAGAGAAACCACACCACUGUGAUAUCUGUGGUAAGUCAUUCUCUGAAAAAAGUUCCUUAAAUAUACAUAAGCGUAUUCAUACAGGAGACAAACGAUACCAGUGUGAUGUCUGUAACAAGUCGUUCACUCAAAAAUGUAACUUAACUACUCACAAACGGAUUCAUUACAAGAGAGAAUCUACAUCCCUGUGAAAUCUGAUAAAUUAUUCUUUAAGACUUUUCUGUUCGUGACACACAAACAUAUUCUUGCAGUAGGGAACUGUGAUGUCAAUUGUAAAUCAGUCUCUGAAAAAAGUUACUUAACCCAUUGCCUGCCAUGAGCCCCAUUUGGGGAUCUGCUAAAAAGAGUCUCACCACUAGUUGUUCGUUGUAUUUAAAGUGAAUUACUUACGUACAUUGCAUUUGCAGAGGUGUGUUUAACAAUAUUUAAUAGUUCGUCAUUAUUAGCUUUGGCUAAUUCGAGAGGAUAUUUUAUGCCAUAAAUCACAAUUUUUGAACUACAAAAAUAUUGACUGUUUUGAAAAGUGUUUUUUUUUUGCAUUUCCCAUCUUUAUCAUUCAUUGAUAUUUCAUACACAUUUGCAUUUGAUACUAUAGUUUCAAAAAACUUAAAUGUUUAUUAUUGCAAUUGAAUAGAGAAGGAGAAAUCUUUUUUUUGCACAAUCCCCCUUUGGGACAUUAAGAAAAGUUUAUCAUAACUUCCAAAAUAAUUCACAUGACCUCAUGAUUAAAUGAACCUGUUAUUUGUAUUGGUCGGUUUCCAGCCAUUCAAACAUGUUGGCACAACAGUUUAUUUUUCCUUAUGCAGGAAAUUAAUCACCAACUCUGGGAGACUACUGAUCUCUAUAAAAAAGACAGUUUUCAACUGCUCUAUGCCAUUGGCAUGUACCACUGACCACACGCAACUCAUCUCCAGCAACAGUGUAUCUGACACCAGCCAGUCUCUGCUUUCACUCCACCAGACGCCUGCUUACAUUGUUGCUGUAUGAAAACCACAGUUGCCUCUACACACCACCAAACACUACAUUGACUUUGUCCACCAGAUCAGUCCAGUCUAACCACGAAGUUCUCUCACACAUCUUUGUUGUAACCUGUUAUGUUAUUUUAUUUCAUGUAUCGCAAUCAUUGUAUUUUAUAAUGGAGAAUAAAUUGUCACCUAC